GCAGCGGGCUCUGUGCCGCCGUCGUGAGGAAUCAUCGCACAGAUGAAGGGGCCGUCGCGGAUAACUGUCGCAUAUUCCUCCGUUUAACUAUUGUUACCAUUCAGAUAACACAUUCCUCCCUUCUCCCAUCGAGAUAGCGCCGUCGCUGUGGGUCUUUCAUUCGGAGAGCUUGCCUGUUUUUCCUCCGGGAGGCUGAAUGGAAGCAGCAGCCGAGGGAGCGGUCGGUCUGUCGGAGGCCAGGGACGGGAGCCCGCUAUCCGUGGCCGCAGCAUCCGAUGAUGCGGACACGGUCGUUGGAGUUAGCUACGGGAUGGACGCCGCAGACAUGGAUGCUGCUGCUAAGAAAGCUUUCAUCACAGAGAUGCCCUCAUCCUCAGGCCAGCCUGGUCAGGGAAAGAAGAUUGGUCACAGAGGUGUGGAUGCAUCAGGAGAAACUACUUACAAGAAGACCACAUCCUCGGCCUUGAAAGGUGCCAUCCAGCUGGGCAUCGGUUACACGGUGGGCAACCUGAGCUCCAAGCCCGAGAGAGACGUAUUGAUGCAGGACUUCUACGUGGUGGAGAGCAUCUUUUUCCCCAGUGAAGGCAGCAACCUCACUCCAGCCCACCAUUUCCCAGACUUCCGCUUCAAAACAUACGCUCCUGUGGCCUUCCGCUACUUCAGAGAACUGUUUGGCAUCAGGCCGGAUGACUACCUGUACUCCCUGUGUAAUGAGCCUCUGAUUGAGCUUUCCAAUCCUGGAGCAAGUGGUUCAGUCUUCUAUGUUACAAAGGAUGACGAGUUCAUCAUCAAGACUGUGAUGCACAAGGAGGCUGAGUUCUUACAGAAACUGCUGCCUGGAUACUACAUGAACUUGAAUCAGAACCCACGCACUUUGCUGCCCAAGUUCUUUGGCCUCUACUGUGUCCAGUCGGGCGGGAAAAACAUCCGCGUGGUGGUGAUGAACAACGUUCUUCCCCGCGUAGUUCGCAUGCACCUCAAAUAUGACCUGAAGGGCUCCACCUACAAGAGGCGAGCCUCCAAGAAGGAGAGAGAGAAGGCCAGGCCCACUUUCAAAGACCUGGACUUCAUGCAAGACUUGCAGGAUGGACUGAUGCUGGACCAGGACACUUACAACGCGCUAGUCAAGACCCUACAGAGAGACUGCCUGGUGCUGGAGAGCUUCAAGAUCAUGGACUACAGCCUGCUUCUCGGGGUUCACAACAUGGACCAGGCAGAUAGGGAGAGGCAGAUGGAGGGCUCCCAGGGUGGCAGCGAUGAGAAGAGGCCCGUGGCCCAGCAGAAGGCCCUGUACUCCACAGCCAUGGAGUCUAUCCAGGGAGGAGCAGCCUGCGGAGGGUCCAUCGAUACUGACGACACGAUGGGCGGCAUCCCAGCUGUCAGUGGAAAGGGAGAGAGACUUCUUCUCUACAUCGGAAUCAUCGAUAUCCUGCAGUCCUACAGGCUAAUCAAGAAACUGGAGCACACGUGGAAGGCUUUGGUUCAUGACGGGGAUACUGUAUCAGUCCACCGGCCCAGCUUCUAUGCCGAUAGGUUCUUCAAGUUCAUGAGCAACACCGUUUUCAAGAAGAGUUCCUCUCUGAAGUCAUCUCCAUCCAAGAAGGGUCGUGUGUCGUUGAUGGUGCCUAAGUGCGCUGGUCCUGGUGCAGCCUGGUCAGCCAGCCAGCUGCCCUCUGAGAGGGAUGAGAACAUCUAUGACCUGAGAGGAGCUCGCAGCUUCCCAACACUGGAGGAUGAAGAGCGGCCGGAUCUUCUUCCAUGUACUCCUCCAUCAUUUGAAGAAGCCACCACAGCAUCAAUCGCCACCACUCUGUCUUCUACCACCUCUCUGUCCAUCCCUGAGAGAUCCCCAUCGGACACGGCAGAGCACCCCCGCUACAGGAGGCACACCCAGUCUCUCAGCCAUGAUGGGAGGACCCAGGAGGAGCUGCGUGUGCGUGAGGAGGAUCAGCAGACCAUCACAGUGGAGGUGGAGUUCAAGAGACACGACAGUGAGCCCACCAUCUCAGUUCCACAGCCUUUACUUGAAACCAGUGAGGUUCAGGAAGUAGCCGGCGCUGAGGCUCCCGAUGCCGAUGCCGCAGCACCUUCUGCCUCUUCGUCAGUACCUGAAGCAGCCUCCUCUUCGUCUGCCCCAGCUCCUCCCUCCUCUCCCGGGGCUGCUGAGGAAGCCCCAUCCAGUCCCAAGUUGGUGGUGGUGGAGGCGGACAGGGCCAGCCAGGUGUCCGGCUCAGGCUGCACCAGCCAGGCUUCGGUUGACGAUGACGAUGACGUGCCAAUCACAGAUAUCUACUUUUAAACCCCUUUGUCUGGCAGAGAGGAGCGAACGUCUCAGCGGAGAGGACUCAUGGGUCUGAAGUCCAGACCUCAGCGGUAGCUGCAGGAUCUCUUUCUGAACCACGAUUUUAAACAUGCAUAAAGAAACUGAACACACCAAGGGAACAAGUGACUGAACACCGGGGGGGUCCUGACAGUGAUGACAUCACUGAUUUCCUACCAUCCCUGCCUUUCACCCUUAACAAAUGAAAAUUAUAUCAAUUCAAUGAUUAUGUGUAUGUGUGAUAUAGUGCGUAUAAGGCUGUCUUAUAAGUUUGACAUACAUGAAAAAGACAGUGGUAACUUACUGUACAUUCUGUUUCACACAAGCACAGCCCUCCAACAAGCUCUAAACUGCCUUUCCCACUCACUCCGCAGAGCGGCACAUAGAGUUGUGAAGUAAGGGGAGCCACUGGUUACCCACUCUGAAUUCCCAAUUCAAAUUUUUCUUUUUAUGAUAUCUUUAUUACUCACACAUAGAAACAUGGGAGCCUCUGGGAUAACAUGACAACCCAGUGUGUCUGUGUUACGGCCUUUAGUUUUAAUUAUACAAACUUUGUUUCUGAGAAAUCAGGUUCUUUUCCAUCAGUUUCACAUGUCGGACGGUUCUAAAUACGACAAUACUACAUGGGCCUCUGCUGCCUCAUGAAAGCGAAGACAGUCAGGUGCAGAUUAGAGCUGUGUCAAAUUCAAAACAGUUUGUUAUUGCGGUUCUCAACAAAACACAUAGUUGCUGAAUUCAUCCACCAUUAAUCCAGAAUCUGAAAAUGAAUUAAUUUAAAAUUUAGAUUGUAUUGGUUGUUUUGUUGACCCCAUAAUCUUAUGGCGCACAUUACCGUUAGAAGUGUAUGUAACAUAAUUUUUAGCUCAGUAAUUGGGACUCACACCUAACUUCUCAUUUUAACAUUUCUAUGUACACUAACUUGUACCUGUGACUUUUUAUGAAAGAACCUGUUACUUUCUAACACAGUUGUUCAUAUUUUGUACUGAUGAUUCAAGCAGAAAAGUGUCAUGUCUAUCUAAGUCGUGGAAGCGCUCCCACUGUGAGUCGCUUUACAUUGCCAGUGAAGAAAGUGAAUGGGGCUUUAACUUCUGGAGCCAGGACUUUGUGAAGAAGCUCCUCCCACCUCACAGCUCUACUAAAAUCUGCAUGUACUGGUUCGACCAAUCAGGAUAAGCCCACCAACGCUCCUUGGUACUGCCUUUAUUUACACUAAGCCACAUGCAGAUUUCGGUGCGCUCACUGAGGAGUGAGUGGUCAAGCCUCUGGUGUUGGAGGGCUGUGCUUGUGCUUCUAGAACUGGAGUUGCAAUGAUAACCAUCGUUUGACCAAUCAAAACAGAACACGUAGACAUAUGUCAUCCUCACAUUUCCAGUAGUGAAAAUAUGCAGUUUAGUUUAUAGAUGGAAGAAUUAAAAGAUGUAAUUUUGUGAAUACAUACAGUGAUUAGAAGUUGUUCAAUUCAUAGCAUAAUAAUUUAUAAUUUCUAUCAAAUGUUUUUUGCAGCAUUUGUUUUUUUAUGAAUGUUUCCUCAGCUGUUUUACUACUGUGAACUUUAAUUUAUUUUGUCUGUUCGUAUUUUAUUCUAAUCUCCACUGUUUCUGGUACUU